AUGAAUUACGGCAGCACGUACUUCUUGCUGAAGAGAGACUACCAGGAGUUGAUGGAGAACAAUUAUACGGGUAUUAUUGCCUUUCCUAUAAGUGAAGAUAUGAUGCUAUGGGAAGCUGAAAUUGAAGGUCUACAGAAUUCAAUAUGGCAUGGACAAUUCUUUCAACUGUCAAUACAAUUUACAUCAAAAUACAAUUUGGUCCCUCCAGAUGUGAAAUUUAAAACAAUUCCUUUUCAUCCAAAUGUAGAUAGAUAUACAGGCCGACCAUGUAUAGAUUUUUUGGAUGACCUUAGCCUGUGGAAUACAAGCUAUAAACUGAGCAGCAUCUUACUUGCCAUCCAGGUUAUGCUUUCUAAUCCAGUGCUAGAAAAUCCAGUGAAUUUGGAGGCAGCCCACCUGUUAAUGACCAAUCAACCUCUGUACCAACUAACAGUUCAAAAGGAUUACCAUAAACCAUUAGAAGUGAAAUGUGACAACAUUGUAUGUUUAUCUCAAGAACCACAAGAAAUCAUCAAAUCAAUUAAAGAUGUUCCAUUUAAUGACUACUACAAGACUUGGUCUAGAAUGGCUACAUCGCAAACCACAGAUUUGGAAAGAACUUCAUUACUUCAAGAUGCAAAUUUCUUAAAAAAGUAUUAUAAAUGGAAGAAAAAAGACUUAACACAUACUGAAGAAUGGAAUAUGAGGAUUACCCUAACCAGCCGCAACGUAAAAUCCGUGGAGAAGGUGUGUGCCGACUUGAUCAGAGGCACAAAGGAGAAGAACCUGAAGGUGAAGGGACCGGUCAGGAUGCCUACCAAGACUCUGAGAAUCACUACAAGGAAGACUCCUUGUGGGGAAGGUUCCAAGACCUGGGAUCGUUUCCAGAUGAAGAUCCACAAGCGACUCAUUGACUUACACAGUCCUUCUGAGAUUGUCAAGCAGAUCACCUCCAUCAGCAUUGAGCCUGGAGUAGAGGUUGAAGUCACCAUUGCAGAUGCCUAA